CACGUUUCGUUUGUUACGAAUUUCGUUCUUUUCUUCCCGUCUGAAACGAUGCAUAGGCUCUUUGCUCUACGCUCGCUCAGUCUCUCUGUUUUCACCAAGCAGAAGCAAUCUGCUUCUUUCUCUACUUCUCUCCUCUUCGAUGACACUCAGUUACAGUUUAAAGAAAGUGUUGGACAGUUUGCCCAAGAAAACAUUGCUCCACACGCGUCCAAAAUUGACCAAACAAAUUCUUUCCCCAAGGAGGUUAACUUAUGGAAACUCAUGGGAGAUUUCAAUCUCCAUGGAAUAACUGCACCAGAGGAAUAUGGAGGACUCGGUCUUGGUUAUUUGUAUCACUGUAUAGCGAUGGAAGAAAUUAGUCGUGCUUCAGGGUCUGUUGGACUCUCUUUCGGUGCACAUUCUAAUUUAUGCAUCAAUCAACUGGUGAGGAAUGGUAACCCUGCUCAGAAAGAGAAGUACUUGCCAAAGCUUAUCAGUGGAGAGCAUGUAGGAGCUCUUGCAAUGAGUGAACCUAAUGCUGGCUCUGAUGUUGUUAGCAUGAAAUGCAAAGCUGAACGAGUAGAGGGGGGUUAUGUUCUAAAUGGGAACAAGAUGUGGUGCACUAAUGGUCCUGUUGCUCAGACGUUGGUUGUUUAUGCAAAGACGGAUCUGAAAGCUGGCUCAAAAGGAAUCACAGCAUUUAUCAUUGAGAAGGGAAUGCCUGGUUUCUUGUGGUUUUGCAGAUUCAGUACUGCCCAGAAAUUGGACAAGCUCGGGAUGCGUGGAAGCGAUACCUGUGAGCUAGUCUUUGAAAAUUGCUUUGUUCCAGACGAAAACGUCCUUGGGCAGGAAGGAAAAGGAGUUUAUGUUAUGAUGUCUGGACUAGAUUUGGAGAGACUUGUUUUGGCCGGUGGACCCCUUGGUAUUAUGCAGGCAUGCCUUGAUGUUGUUCUUCCUUAUGUUAGACAAAGAGAGCAGUUUGGUCGUCCAAUUGGGGAAUUUCAGUUUAUACAGGGGAAAAUUGCAGACAUGUAUACUUCUUUACAAUCUUCAAGGUCCUAUGUUUAUUCCGUUGCCAGGGACUGUGACAAUGGAAAAGUUGACUCCAAGGAUUGUGCUGGAGUAAUACUCUGUGCAGCAGAAAGAGCCACCCAAGUUGCACUACAGGCUAUCCAAUGUUUAGGUGGUAAUGGGUAUGUAAAUGAGUACAGAACUGGCCGGCUUCUACGAGAUGCCAAACUAUAUGAAAUUGGGGCAGGCACUAGUGAGAUUAGAAGAAUGAUUAUUGGCCGGGAGCUUUUUAAGCAGGAGUGAGCACUCUGCACAUUUCUUCUUGAAAUCAUCACUUCAUAUGAUUUUCCACUUGGACAGUAUCUCAUACUAAUUCUGAAUAAGAAAUUAGUAUGUUGAUAAUCACCAAAUUGAUAAAAUUGCACUGUUCAAUUGACUGUGCAGAAUAUUUUUAUUUCAAACUAUUCCAUUCCUCGAAAUAAAUUUAUAUAUUUGUCA